AGUCGCCAUGGCCAGCUAUCCGUAUGGGCAGGGCUGCCCAGGAGCUGCAGGACAGGCACCUGGAGCCCCUCCGGGUAGCUACUACCCUGGCCCCCCUCAUGGUGGAGGGCAAUAUGGCAGCGGGAUACCCCCUGGUGGUGGUUAUGGGGGUCCUGCCCCUGGAGGGCCUUAUGGACCACCAGCUGGUGGGGGGCCAUAUGGCCACCCCAAUGCUGGCGGGCUCCCUUCUGGAACUCCAGGAGGACCAUAUGGUGGUGCGGCCCCAGGAGGCCCCUAUGGUCAGCCACCUCCAAAUUCAUAUGGUGCUCAGCAGCCUGGACCUUAUGGACAGGGUGGCAUCCCUCCCAACGUAGAUCCUGAGGCCUACUCCUGGUUCCAGUCAGUGGAUGCCGAUCACAGUGGCUAUAUCUCCAUCAAGGAGCUGAAGCAGGCCCUGGUCAACUCUAACUGGUCCUCAUUCAAUGAUGAGACCUGCCUCAUGAUGAUAAACAUGUUUGACAAGACCAAGUCAGGACGCAUUGAUGUCUAUGGUUUCUCAGCCCUAUGGAAAUUCAUCCAGCAGUGGAAGAACCUCUUCCAGCAGUAUGACCGAGACCAUUCAGGUUCUAUCAGCUACACGGAACUACAGCAAGCUCUGUCCCAAAUGGGCUACAACCUGAGCCCUCAGUUCACCCAGCUCCUGGUCUCCCGCUACUGCCCUCGCUCUGCCAAUCCUGCCAUGCAGCUUGACCGCUUCAUCCAGGUGUGCACCCAGCUGCAGGUGCUCACUGAGGCCUUCCGGGAGAAGGACACAGCUGUACAGGGCAACAUUCGACUCAGCUUUGAGGACUUCGUCACCAUGACGGCUUCUCGGAUGCUAUGACCCAGCCUGUCUGUAGAGAGUGGAGCACACCAAGGACCUUCCCUGGCUCCUCAAGUGGGAGAAGCAUGUGGGCCUCUCUUCUUUGCCUGCCCCUCCUAGAAAAAGAUUCUCCUUUGCUUGAUGCAGCACUGUUCCUAAAGAGGGUUGGGAGUCCCGAGUUAGAGUCACCAAAUAGUGGGACCUGGCCUGCAGCCACACAGGUAAGAGCCUGACCUAGAGGAAGAUUCGAAGCUGAUUGUCCUAACAGCCCUGAGCAGUUGAAGGCACAACCUUGUACCAAAAGCAGGAGGUGCCAGUCAUGUCAGUAGAGUUAGUGCCUGGUCACUAUGCCGUGGCCUCCUGCUUUCUCCUCUGUGCUGAUGUCAGUGGUAAGUGUUCAUUAUCCUCUUACCAAUAGCACCUGUCUUCUGUUACCCAGGCCAUCAUAUGUCAGAUGAGCCUGGUUUCUCUAAAUUGGAAUCUGACUAAGCAUGAGAGAGAUUUGUCUGUGGGACCAGUGGCUUGAGUUCACCCACACCCAUAUCCACGCAUCCUUGUUUUAACUUCCAGCUGCCUAGGGACUGUCCCUGCUCAGGAAGCACAGACAGUCUGCUGUCUGGACAUAUUUGACCAGGUUACUGCCCUCUGAAACUUGGACCCCCUCACUUGCCUACCGUGUUCUGCUUGGCUCAGUGUGCCCUUGGGCACAGUUGUCACUUCCACUGCCAAUGCUUUUUUUUAAGUUGCAUUUUUUUCAUUUGGGGCCAAAAGUCCAGUGAAACUAUAAACUUCAAUAAAAGGAUGAAACUCUGUCAUUCCAUGUUUCCCACUGUGACUUCCCGGCUAUAGGCUCAUGCCCAUCCAUGAGCAUGAAAGUGUCACCCAUGUACCCUUUCAUUCAGUAAAUGUUUAAGUACAUAUUGUUUACCACACCAUACUGAAAGCAGUAACUUGAUGGGCUGUGGCCAAGAUGAGGCUCCUCUUACUUGCCAGAGUAAAGCUGAGGCCCUGCCAGGCUCACUUCUGUGUGGCAUUUUAGAACUGGCAUUCCGGACUGGAAGCAGCCACCUCAGACUUU